CCAGGCCGACGGAAUUCCCGGAGCUGCUUCUGGCUGGGAUCGACGCCGGGAUGGAUCCAGGGGAAAACGCAGCUCUGGAGGGAUGGGUCACGCAGAUCCGGAAAUUACAGGAGGAAUUUGGUAAGUCCUUCAUCCCCCCCUCCCACCCCGGGCAGUGGCACCAACAGGGCCCAAAAUGUCCUUUUUUUCCCGGGAAUUGGACGUGGUUUCCUCCUUUUCUCCCCAAAGAGAGCGACACCGAGCUGGGUAAGUGGAGUUUUGGGGGAUUAUUUGAGGGUUUUCAGGUUUUUUUGAUCUGCUGGAGGCAAAAAGCAAUUCCUGGGGUCAGGGUUGGGAUUUUAACCCGGGAAUGAGCAGGAAAUUUUACACCCAGAGAGCAAAUUUAUGUCAAAUCUGCGGAUUCAGGCCAAAAAAGUGUGCAUUUACACCCAGGUCUGUAAAACUGCACCCAAACCUGUGAAUUUGUGUGCACAUUUGUAUGAAUUCACACCCAAAUCUGUGAUUUAUACCCAGUUCAAUCCAUUUAUGUCCUUUUUUCCCCUUUGUUUGCAGAGGAAUGUGACACAGAAAACGCAAUUGGUGAGUUUGGGGGUUUUUUUGAGGGGUUUGGCUCCACCAAAUUCUCAGAUGGGAAAAUUCCCAAAUUCCUCCCUUUCAGGCGAGCUCACAGCUGAAAUUGACCAGCUGACGGCCUCGCUCGAGGAGCGGGACAGGAGGAUCAGCAAACUCACGUCGGACCUGGGUGAAUCCAACACCAAACUCAAGGAACGUGACAGGAAAAUCACCAAGCUCGCCGGGGAAGUCCGGAGGCUCACGGCGCUGGUUGCCGAGCGCGACUCCGGGCUCCGGAAGCUCCGCUCCGAGCUGGCCAAGUGCGACUCCACCAUCCGACUUUUCACGGUGGAACUCGGCGAGAGACACACGAAAAUCGGGGAGCUCACGGCAGAUGUUGAGUGCUGCAAUAAAAAGCUCCGGGAACAUGAGGCCGAGCUGGAGGCCCGAGACACCCAGAUCCGGCGCCUGAAGGAGCAGCUGGGAGAACAGGAUGCCGUCAUCAGCAAACUGAGGGAGGAGCUGGAGGAAAAUGGCCUGGAGAGGGGGAAUCCCUUCGGGAAGAAGAAUGGGAAGAGGAGCCCCAAGCACCGGGAGCACCGGGAGACACUGGGAGCACCAGAACUGGGAGCACUGGGAGCACUGGGAGCACUGAGGGAUCUCCAGGAGCAGCUGGAGGAGCUCAGGGCAGAGCUGGGAGGACGAGAUGCCAGGAUCGGUGCGUGUGUCCCCCCCCCUCCCCCAAACCCCCCGGAAUCCGGGAAUUUUGGGGGGAAUCCUCCCGGUGGGCGCCACCAAACUGAGGAGUUUUGGGUUCUUCCCUCCCAGCCGAGCUGGAGGCGGCUCUGGAGGAGCGGGACAGAGAGCUGGCGGAGCUGCAGGAGGAGCUGGAGGAUUCCCGAGGGAGGAUCUGUGAGUGUCCUGUCCCCAUCCCGGGGGGCUCCUGCUCCAGGAGUGUCCCCAAAAACAAAGCCCUGGGCUCCCCUGACCGGGUUUGUGUCGCUGCCACCCCCUUCCCCUGCAGGGCAGUGCCUCGAGGAGCACCGGAAAGAGGAGGAACAAGCGGCGUGGGUGACGCUGGACCCCGGGACGUCGCACCCGUGGCUGGCGCUGUCGGGGGACGGGCGGAGCGCGCGCUGGGCCUACGGGACCCCCGAGCCCCCCGCGAGCCCCGAGCGCUUCCAGGGGGUCCCGUGCGUGCUGGGGCUGCCCGAGUUCCGCUCCGGCCGCCACAGCUGGAGCGUGGAGCUGGGGGGGGGCCCCUUCUGCGCCGUGGGGGUCAGCCGGGGGUCCCUGCGGCGCCGCGGCCCCCUCGCCUUCAGCCCGCGGGACGGGGUCUGGGCCCUGCAGCGCUGGGGGGGCGGCGGCCGCGCCCUCACCGAGCCCCCCACGCCCCUGGCCAGGCUGCCCCGGCGCCUCCGCGUCGCCCUCGACUACGAGGGGGGCCGGGUGGCCUUUUUCGAUGGGGACGGGGACACGGCGGGGACGCCCCGGCCCCUCUUCGCCUUCCCCAGAGCCCGCUUUGGGGGAGAGGCCCUGCGGCCCUGGUUCUGGCUGGAGCUGGGGACCAUCUCCCUCGUGCCCUGAGCCCAGAUCCAUCCUCCCCUGAUCCUAAAUCCAUCAUCCCCUGAGCCCAAAUCCCCUGAGCCCAAAUCCAUCAUCCCCCAAACCCUGCGGCCCUGGUUCUGGCUGGAGCUGGGGACCAUCUCCCUUGUGCCCUGAGCCCAGAUCCAUCAUCCCCUGAGCCCAAAUGCCCUGAUCCCAAAUCCAUCCUCCCCUGAGCCCAAAUCCAUCAUCCCCCAAACCCUGAGCCCAAAUCCAUCAUCCCCCAAACCCUGCGGCCCUGGUUCUGGCUGGAGCUGGGGACCAUCUCCAUCGUGCCCUGAGCCCAAAUCCAUCCUCCCCUCAUCCUAAAUCCAUCAUCCCCUGAGCCCAAAUGCCCUGAUCCUAAAUCCAUCAUCCCCCAAACCCUGCGGCCCUGGUUCUGGCUGGAGCUGGGGACCAUCUCCCUCAUGCCCUGAGCCCAAAUCCCCUGAGCCCAAAUCCAUCAUCCAUCCUCCCCUGAUCCCAAAUCCAUCAUCCCCCAAACCCUGCGGCCCUGGUUCUGGCUGGAGCUGGGGACCAUCUCCCUCGUGCCCUGAGCCCAAAUCCCCUGAUCCCAAAUCCCCUGAGCCCAAAUCCAUCAUCCCCCAAACCCUGCGGCCCUGGUUCUGGCUGGAGCUGGGGACCAUCUCCCUCGUGCCCUGAGCCCAAAUCCAUCCUCCCCUGAUCCUAAAUCCCCUGAUCCCAAAUCCAUCAUCCCCCAAACCCUGAUCCCAAAUCCCCCAAACCCUGCGGCCCUGGUUCUGGCUGGAGCUGGGGACCAUCUCCCUUGUGCCCUGAUCCCAAAUCCAUCAUCCCCUGAUCCUAAAUCCCCUGAGCCCAAAUCCAUCAUCCCCCAAACCCUGAGCCCAAAUCCAUCAUCCCCCAAACCCUGCGGCCCUGGUUCUGGCUGGAGCUGGGGACCAUCUCCAUCGUGCCCUGAUCCCAAAUCCAUCCUCCCCUCAUCCUAAAUCCAUCAUCCCCUGAGCCCAAAUCCCCUGAGCCCAAAUCCAUCCUCCCCUGAUCCUAAAUCCUUCAUCCCCCAAACCCUGCGGCCCUGGUUCUGGCUGGAGCUGGGGACCAUCUCCAUUGUGCCCUGAUCCCAAAUCCCCCACACCCACCCUGUGCUGGUCCCAAAUCCCCCACACCCAUCCUGUGCUGGUCCCAAAUCCCCCAGACUGGGGCCGGUCCAGCCCUGGCUCCGGCCGGGUCCGGGGUCCCCUUUGGGGGGGAAAGGGUGGUCCCCUUGUCCUGGGGUCCUCCUGCCCCCCCUGCCCCACAGCCCCCCAGGUUUUGGGGGGGUUUCUGUGCUUUCUGUGCAUUUCCCUCCAUUUUUGUGUGGACACAAACCCCCCCCAAACAUUAAAGAGUUCAGCACCUCCAAAAUGGGCCGUUUUCAGCCCAAUCCCAACCUUCCACACCCCCCACCCCUGAGCCAUCAAAUAACAACCCCCACACUCCCAAAAAUCCCAAUUCUGCUUUAUUUCGCCUCAAUCCCUGAGGUGGCACCCAAAAUUUAUCCAUCCAUCCCUGGGCUGGGCACCCAAAAUUCAUCCACUGAUCCCUGAGGUGGGUGCCCAAAAUUCAUCCACUGAUCCCUGGCCUGGGCACCCAAAAUUCCACCAGUCCUUGAGUUGGGUGCCCAAAUUCCAUCAGUCCUUCAGCAGAGCACCCAAAUUCCAUCGAUCCCUGGGGUGGGCACCCAAAUUCCAUCAGUCCCUGAGGGGGUCACCCAAUGUCCAUCCGUUGAUUGCUGAGCUGGGCACCCAAAAAUUCCAUCAGUCCCUGAGGGCUGAUCCAUCAAUCCCUGCGGGUUCAUCCAUCAAUCCCUGCGGGUUCAUCCAUCAAUCCCCGAG